CCCAAAAAAGCAAAAAAUCACAGUUGCUUGAAGUUUGUACGUCUUGCUGUGUUGAAUUGUGGAUUUUCUUGUAUUUAAUGUGAAUGUUUGGUGUUAAUUUUGUGUUCAAUUCCAUGGAGAGAUAAUGGGUGAUCGUCGAGAUAAAAUUGAUGCUGAAAAGGACAAGUUGGCAUCUAAUGCGCCGCCGGGACGAAAGAAGCGUCAGAAGAGUGGAGUGAGCUCUCAAUCGGAUCAAUCGGGUGACAAUUCAUCCAGAGAGAUGUCACACAAUUCCCUCGAAGUGUCCAAGACGGAGAGUGAUGAGGCACCGCCAAUUGAGGAGGAUAUCGAGGAAGUGCUGUCCGGGAGUGCUUCUUCUGAACAUCCUGAAGACGUUUUGGAUAUUCGGAAGCGUCAAUUAUUUGAUUUGGAGACUCCGGGUCCUUCGAGAUUCGCCGUUGAUGAUGACAAUCUCGAUGAUUUGCUGUCCGGUGGGAAAAUUGCUCAGCAUUUUCGUGCAGAAUCUGGUCUGGAUUCUCUGGAUGAGGCUCUGAAUGAUUUGGAUUCAAUGUCAGGGCCGCAGGAUGAUGACGUGAUCCUCUUAAAUGAUCAGAAAGUGAGUCUGAGGGAUUUAAGGGAGCGUCAGGAUAUUUCUGGGGGAAGCAAAAGCCUGGAGAUGUCAGUAAAUAGAAGUGGCUUUGUUGAGCUGAGGAAGAGUCAGAGUUUGGAUGUUCCAACGAUGGAAAGUGGCCAGAUAUCUGAUGGUAGCGUCGAAGAGGACAAAUCCGUUGGGGAAAUUAUGGUUACGCAUGAUUCCAUUGAAGUGAGUGUUCAGGAGGAUCCGAUGGAUUCUCUGGACGGGGAACAUGUGGAUCCUGGGGAAGAUGUGGAGAAAUUCAGGGAGAAAGUCAUUGAGGUUGUGACUAGUCAAAGGGGAGAGGCUUCAGCUGACAAAGAAUCUCCGAAAAGUGCCAUUAAAGAUGAUCAGGAAGUAUCGAUAAAGCCCAUGGAGAGGUGCCUGGAGUACAGCAAGGAAGUUCUUGAGGACAUUUCAGAGGAAUCUGAGCAUGCUCUCGAGAGCAUUGAAUCCAUUGAGAAACUCAGAGUUUACACAGUGAAUCGGAGUCAUGAGAAUGAACUCAAGAAAACAACUUCCAGUAAUUCCUUCUUUAGUCAGUCAAACAGGGAAGUUUCUCCGGAUCUCAGAUCUCUGCCCACGAGUCAGAAGGAGGAUGAGAAUAUGUCUCCAAGGGCAGAAUCUCCGAUGAGUCUGGAAGCGAGGGCUAAGGAUAUUUGGGAGCAUGGCCGGGAACUGCCCAUUUCAGCGAUUAUUUCGCGAAGGGAUUCCCUGAGGGAGUGUCCAGUAUCAGAGAGGGAUUCAGCCAGCCUGGUGACCAAUUCAACGGAGUACCGGACUCUCCAGGAGGAGUAUCUGCAGAGGCUCCAGACUCUGGACAUUCAGAAUGUCAUUGCUGAGCGCGAUCGAAUGAUUGAGAAUCUCACGACGUCUCUUCUGCAAUCGACUGAGGCCCGAGAGGAUCUCCAGGCGCAGAGUGAUCGCCUGGUGGUGGAAGUGAAUCAGCUGAGGAAGCAGCUGGCAGAGACAGCUGAUCUUCUGCAGCGUCACAGUCGUCCAAGGGAUCUCGAGAGUCAGCGUCUCUCGGAGAUUUCCAUUGAUCUGGUGAGUGAGACUGACGAGGAGAGUGGUCCGGAUGACAGAUCCAAUCGAGAGAGCCGGGAGAGGCAAUUGGAUGAGGUGAUGAUACCUCCGGAACUUUCUGUGUCCAAGCAAAUCGAACAGUUCCAGAAGUAUUUGUCUGCCGAUGAGCUGAGGAUUUUUUUCAUGGUGCAGAAGAAGUUCGAUGACUUCCUGUCGCAGGAGAUUGAGAAGGUGAAGAUGAGGCACGAGGCAGAGAUUAAGGUACUGGCAGAUCGACUGGAAGUCGAGAAGGCUGACAAAGAUGUGGAAAUGACGCAACUGAGGCAGUAUUUCGAGAGAAAGUGCUCAGACCUUGAGAAACAAUACUCAGAGGAGAUCUUCUCCCAGCACAGCCAGAGGCACACCGAUGAUACGAAUUCUGACCUUUCGGAUCAGGAUCUGCUUCCAGUUGAGCCUCUUCCGUUGAAUAAAUUCAAGGAGGAUCUCUACUCGAGUCCUACGCAUAGAAAACUCACUCCGACGAGCAUUGGAGGAUCUCCCAAGAAGUCUCCGGAGGAUCCAGAUGUCUCCAUUGGAACCCUCCGGACGCACUAUGAACGCAAAAUCGCCAGAAUGGCUGAGCUUCAUGGGGAAACUGUGAGAAGUCUCAGGGACAAACUCAAACGCUUCGAGGCGAAAUAUGCAGAGGACGAAUUUAUGACUAACGAUGCCACUAACACUGAUGGCAAUGAGGUGACUGUGAUCAUGGCGGAGUACGAUAGAAGACUCAAGGAACAGGUUAACCUUGCGCGGCAGGAUAUUCUGGAGGAGUUGCACAAGCAAAUCCAAGCUCUCCUGUCGGAGUCUGCUUCGGUGGAUAGCCACUGGCCGCCGGAAUUGAUAUUGCUGCGUGAGAAAUUUACGGCACAGAACAAAUUGGAGAUUACUCAGUUGCAGAUUAAGCAUGAGGAAGAGAUGUCACGACUGAAGAGUGACUAUGAGCGUCAGCUCAAUCGGAAGCACAAGAGGAACAUUACGUAUGAUUCCAAUCGGGAUCUUGAGGAUAUUGUGAGUGAGAGGGAUAGUUUGAGGGAGUUAUCGGGGACUCUGAGGAAUCUUCUUGUGGGAUUAACAAAAUACUGUGUGGUGUAUGAGGAGGAUUUGAAUAAGUCUUUUGUUGAGCAACUUGAGAAGGUUGGAGUGAAUAUUCUGGAUGAAUCGGUUCAAUCUCAAGAUGACAGUGAUAAUGUGGCCAAGAGGAUCAAAUUCACUCCAGAUGUGGCUGGGAUUCUCAAUCUUGUUGAGGAUCCGUGCCUUGUGAAAUUCAUCACAAAUUCGAGAGAUGAAGAAUCCAAUGUUUUCAAUUUGGAGGAUUUUCUCGAGUCUCUGAACACUGAAGUGGAAUAUCUGCUGAAGCUUUCGGAGGAUUUGACCAAGUCCCGGGAUGCGGGGAAUGGGAAGGAGAAGGAUGACAGCUGUGAGGAAGAAGAUGGUCUCAAGAGUGUUACCAAGAGGCAGAAGAUUUCCAAAACAUCGUCCCUGGUGGAAAAUCUGCCAAAUGGGGAGCACAGAGAAAUCCCAGAGUCUCACAGUUUACCCAUCUUUGGACCCAUUGAUGCCCUCCGGGCUGGCGAGGUGAAUCUUCAGCUGCACGAAUUGAGGAAUCGUCUGCUGAAAUCCGAAGAGGAACGAAGGAGUCUCGCUGCAGAAUUGGCAGGAGUUGUUCAGGAAUUGUCUCUGACCAAAGAUCAAGUGGCCACUCUUGAAGGACGCAGAGAAACCUUCAGUGAAGGCUUUGGAUCAAAUCCAAUUUCACCAAUUCAUCAAAAUUCCCGUCCAGUCUUAACUUUUGGUGAACUUCAAGAGAAAGCCAAGCAGAUCCUCAACAAUCCGGCCAAUGUGUCAAUUGGAGACAAUUCAACGGCUGUUCUGCAGCUCAUUGAGGAUUUCUGUCGCGAAGGAGAUCGCCAUCAGGAGGAGAAGAGACGCGAUCGAGAUGAUCUUCAAGCCCAGCAGUCACAUGGCACGAUGAUAUUGACACGAAAGGAUGUGGUGUUGAUUGACAAGAUCAAUGCGGCUGACAAACAAUUGAGGGCCACAAGGCAAUUUCUGGAGGAGCAGGCGGCCGAGAGGGAAGUUGAGAGGGAUGAAUUUACGCGAGAGAUUGAAAAGCUCACGGGACAGUUGAAGGAACGCGAUAGGGAACGAUCGCAACAUGAUCGUCUUGUGAAGGAGGUGGAAUCCCUUGAGGCUCAAUUGCGUGAGAUGUCAGUGCAGUUUUCUGAGUGUGAAGAGAAAAAACUCAAGCUCGAAAGUGAUCUGAAGUUGACCACAGAGAAGAUUCUUGAGCAUAGGGAGACAAUAGCUGAUCUCGAGAUGCAAUUGGAGGCCAAAGGAGUGCAUCAGAGAGUGACUGAGGAGACUGUCAAUAAGCUCAAGAUUCUUGUGGCCACGCAGACAAGUGCAGCAGAAUCCUUGAAGAUGGAAGUGGAGAGCCUGCGAGACGAGGUUGACGGGAAACAGCUCCUUGAAGAACAAAUGCGCAACCUUAAAGCUAAUCAAGAGCAAAAUGUCACUCUUGAGCAAUUGGCCAAGCAACUGAGAGACAUAGAGGCGACUCUUGAGCGAAAAACUCGCACUCUCGAGAGUCUCCAUGCGGGAAUUGCCUCAGAGUCCUGCAGCAGCCCGUCGGAGGAUGUCUCGAUACGGGGACAGAUUCCGGCUGCCUGCGAGGAUGUCUCACCACGAUCGACUUCUUCGCUGCUGCCCGUGGACGAGGUUCAGAGGAUUCUGGAGAAGUUGGCUAAGCACAGUCGCGCCGAAGAGGCGGCCAUCAAGAGGAUCCAUGACCUGGAGAUGCAAAUUACUGGUGUGAGAGCCAAUUUUGCGGAAUUGCAGCAUGAACGGGAUGCUCUGCAGGAGAGAAUGUCUGAGCAAUUGGUCAGGAUAUCGUCUCUGCAGUCCAGAUUGGAUGAGCAGAGGCAUCGAGCUGAGGAGAUUCAUCGUCAGGGAACGUCGGAUUUGAAUAUCCGGGUGCAUGAUUUGCAGUUGGAGGUUACGAGCCUCAGGGAGACUCUGCAGAGUCGUGAUAAACAAAUAGCCACUCUCAAGAGUCACCUGGAACAGAGUCGGGAGUUGAUUGAGAGGCAGGAGGUGGAAUUGGCCAGAGAAUUGACACAGAGUGAGGCUAAUCGUUUGGAAAAGUUGGAACAGGAAAAUGUGGAAUUGAGGGAAAAGAUAAAAAAUGAAAUGGUGAAUAAAUUAGCCCUUCCGGAUCUCAUGGAGACAAUGCUGGCGGAUAAGAAUGAGGAGAUAGAUCAUCUGAGGGAAUUGCUGGAGGAGAAGGAGAAGCAGCUGAUGGAAUUGGUGAAGGUUCAGGAUAAAAUAGCCAAAGGAAGUUCAGUUGAGGAAGAAGAGGAAGUGGCUAAACUCAGUGGAAGGACACUGAGUGAUGUUGUGUCCAUAACGGACGAUGAGAAGCCAGAAGUGGCUAGGAAAGUGUCAGAAGUGCCUUUUAAUUUUUCCGUCCCGAAAUUCUUUCCGGAAUCCAGUCAAAAGAGGAGUUUACCAGAUUUUUCUAGCACAAUUUUGCCCAAGAGCAGUGAUCGUGCCGUUCCGAAUUCUUUUCAUGACUUUACCCUGCCCGGAAAGGAGUGUUCGAGUCCGGGAAUGCCUGUGCCGAGACAAAUCAAUUUUUCCCUCUUUGACAGUGCAAAUUCGGCAGAGAAAAAGGCCGGGGAGACUUUUAAGUUUCCAGAAAUGUCCAAGAAGCCACCGGAAGAGUCCCUGGGGGAUGUCCGGAAGGAGCUGAGAGCAAAAAUUGAAGAAGUGUCGAAUCUCCAGGUGGAACUUGUGGCCAAAACGAAGCUAUACGAAGGUUUGGAGGCAGAUAAAAAUCACCUGGUGAGGGAACUCGAUGAGAUUCGGCUGCGAAUGAGUAGUAUGGAGAGCCUAGAGGAGGAUUUGAAGCGGUGUCAGGGAGAAAAUGAAGUUCUAUUGGUGAAAAUGGUUCAACUGGAGAAGGAUUUGAAGGAGAAGUCAGAAAAAAUUGCAGAACUCGAGAGUAUGAAAAGUCAAUUUGGUCAGGAAGUUCCAAACACCGUUGAAUUGCUAGAGCAAGAAGUGGAAUCUCUCAAGGUAUCCCUGGCCAGGAGGGAGGAUCAGAUGACAAAGUUGGAGAAGGAAACGAUAAAUUUUGCCCGAAUUGAGAAGACAUUUGAGGUGGAAAUUGAGAAUUUGCGUCAGGAAUUGAUUCAGAAGAGUUUGCAGCAUGAAAAGUGCAAGUUAGACUUGCAGGAAGCUCAGCUAAUGGCGGAAAAGCUAAAGCAGGAAGUAGAUAAAUUGCGUGGGCAGCAUCGCAGUGAGAAUUCAUCGUCGCCUAAGCCAUUUUCUCUGGAGGAAAUUGCUGCACAGGUGGAGCAGGAAUUGAAUUAUUCAGCACAGUUGGAUUCAAACAUUCUCAAGGCCAUUGAGAGUGAUGACAUCAAUUCGGAUGAGGAUCUCGAGCAGCAUAGACGGAAUGUGCAGGAAUUACUGAGACAGAGUGGUUCGAUUGAGUCAGAAAUUCAGGAUUUGAGAAUGAAUCUUGAGGCAGAAGCUCAACGGAAUGAUGAGCUUCUGCGGCAAAAUAGUCAGUUUAUGGCUGAAGUGGAGAAACUCCGGAGUCAAGUGGAGAGUGAGAAGAAGUCCUCAACUCAAAUUCAGCAGGAAGAUGCCAGGAUAAUUGAGGCACUGAGACUGAGGCUCGAGAGUGCUCUGCAGAAUGAAUCCGAUAUGCAAAAGAUGCUUCAAGAGGAGAGAGCAAGGACAGAAAGGAUAACAAUGAGUGCUGUCCAGAGGAGUAAAUCCCGCGAGAGUCUUCAGAAAUCCUCCCCAGCUGAAUCUCCCAGGAGAUUUGGAGAUGUAGAAUCCGAGUUAGUAGCUCGACUGGAGAGUGAAAUGAAGCUACUAACAGCCCAAAAUGAGCGAGAACGUGACCGAGUAAAGGACCUUCAAAGUGUCCUGGAAAGAGAGCGACAGCGCUUCGAUCGCGAAGUAGCCGAUCAAAAAGAUCACGGUGCCCGGCUCAGUGGUGAAAUUGACCGAGUGAUCAAGGAGAGAGAUUCCCUUCAGUGUGAUCUGGAUGUAGCCAGGGAGAAGCUGGAGCAUGCAGAGCAGCAGAUUGAAAGCCUAGAGGCAAGAAUUCUCAAUCUAGAAGACACAGAGGCCAGAAGGAUGGCUCGACAUGGGAAGGAAAGGCUCGAUGCUGCUCAGACUAGCCUGGAACUUCAGGAGAUGCGUGCGAGGCUGAGUUCGGCAGAGAAGGAGCGGGAUCACCUUCUGGAGCAAGUAAAUGUCCUGCGGGAAGAUAUAGAGCGAGGAGCAAAGCGAGAAGUAAAACUAGCAGAAGCUCUGUCGAGAGAAGUCUCCCUAGAGAGCAAUGUCCCAGAGCAGUUUAUCCGGAAGCUGCAGGAGAUGAAUGCCCUGCUGUCGGAGAAUUCCAGGGAGAACCGCCAAAUGGCCGAGACGCUGAGGCAGCUCGGGGAGGAGCGAGAAGCUCUGCAGAAGCGCGUGAGGGAUUUGGAGACUGUUACAGCGGUACCGAAUUUGUCCAGGGAUGAUCUAGAGGAGAGGGCAAAUCAUCUUUUUGGGAAAUACUUGAGAGUUGAGAGCUUCCGGAAGGCUCUGGUGCAUCAGAAGCGCUACCUUAUGAUUGUCCUGGCGUCCUACCAGGAAACAGAAGCCAAUGCCCUGGCCAUGCUGCACACGAAGCAGGGCAAGGUGCCGAAGAAGCGCAGGAAAUCCUUCAGGGCUAUUGCAUUUGUUGUUGUGGCCAUUGAGAGGAUGCGUUUCAUUGUCCGUCGGUGGCAGUCAGGGAAGAGGAUUGGAGCCAAAGCAAUCUUUUCAGUUUCACAUGGACUUCCUAGACGAUCUGCUUCGGCUCACACAAAUAUCUGGACACACAUUGCAGCUGAAGAGCAGGCUUUCUCGCCACCGUCGCGAGAGAGAAAUCCUCAGAGACUUCUCCAGGCACCGAGUCUCAUUGCAGAUUAUCUCAAGCAACAUGCCGGACCCAAUUGAUAGCAUCACAGUAUUUUCCUCUGACCAUCCACGCUCCUAGUCACUUUUUGAUCCUCAUCCAGAAAAACAGUCCAAGCACAGUAUCUAAUUUAAAAUUUAGUAUUUGUUCGUCCCUUUUUAGUUUUAGUUUAGAGUGAAAUGGCACUUAGCCGGAAGUGAAAGUUACAAUGACAUUACAACGUAGAAGUGUUCUUUAGUGUGCCUUAGAAUUGAGCAAGAAUUGGACAAAGAGGAAUAUGAAAUGCCUUGAACUUUUCCAAAGAUUUUAGGAUAUUUUGAGAAGAGAGAUGCCUUUUGUGCAAAAACAGGAACCAAUUUUUUUCUUUUGGAACUUUUGACAAAUAAGCUUGUUCUUUUUAUACUUGACUUUAAGCAACUUUGGUAGUGAAUGAUAAUACGUCCUGAAAUAAAGAGAUUUGUUGAUUAAAUGAA